UUAAAAAAAUCACUGUCACCAACUCAUGGUAAAACAAUACUUUUUUGUGUAUAAAUAAUUUGUCUAAAAACGUUCAAAUAUUGCAACGGUUAACUUAGUAGAACUGAUUUUCUUCCAGUGGAUAGACCCGAGGAUUUAAGAUGAGGCUUCUAGUUCUUGCCUGUACCCUGUCGUCUGUUCUACUCCUGGCUCGUGCUGAGGUGGACGCCCCCAUCACCCAACACUGGAACGGCGGGUUCCUGGGGGAGGCCUGCAUUGACAUCACACAGGAGCUGCAUUCCUGGACCAUGACCUUGACCUUCGACCAGCCACUUAGCAGUUUAACCGCCUUCCAAGCGGACGUAGCAGAGAGCAAAGAUGGCGGUAAAGUUUACAUCCUGCACAACAAGGACUGGAAUAAAGAUGAGCAUGUUGGUGAUAGGCUGUGUGUGGGGUUUCAAGGCGCUAUAAACGGAGACGUCGUCCCCAAAGUUACAGCCAGUAUUCAAGGUAUGGACGGAGGGAGUACGGGUGUUGCCACACAACCCCCUAGCACAGGACAGACAUCAGGGCCCGUUGUGACCUCCACAUCAGGGGCGAGGCUACAAAUUGAAGGCAACCACUUCACCUUUGGCGGUCAGAAGGUUUUUCUGUCUGGGGGUAACCUCCCCUGGAUCAGCUACGCCUAUGAUUUUGGUGAUGGCCAGUGGGGGAGCAGAAAGUCUCAAAUGGAGGACCAGUUCAAGAAACUACACGAGGCAGGGGGGAACUCCAUGAGGUUAUGGAUACAUAUUCAGGGGGAGACGAGUCCUGCAUUUGACAGUAACGGCUAUGUUACGGCCCCUGAUCAUCAGGGGACGUUCAUCAAUGAUUUUAAGGACAUGCUCAACCUUGCACAGAGUUAUGACCUACUUGUGUUCCCCACCCUCUGGAAUGCCGCCGUCGACCAAGACACCAGUCACCAUUUGGACGGCCUCGUUGUGGACGGCCAGAAACUACAGAGCUACAUCGACAAGGUGUUAACUCCCCUGGCCACAGCGGUCAAAGGUCACCCCGCCCUGGGCGCCUGGGAUAUCAUGAACGAGCCAGAAGGGAUGAUUAACCCGGAUGUGGGUAACUCUGAGCGUUGUUUUGAUGCGACGGCCAUGAAGAACAGUGGCGCUGGGUGGGCGGGUCGCAAAUAUGGCUUUCAGGACAUCAUCAGGUUCAUCAACUGGCAGGCCGCGGCCAUCAAGAACGUGGACUCUGGUUUUCUGGUGACUGUCGGUUCCUGGAACCCCAAGUCUAACACGGACAGGAUGGGUUUUGUUGACCACUACAGUGAUGAUUGUCUGGUCAAGGGAGGCAAGAGCAACGGAAAGAUUGACUUUUACCAGUUUCACAGUUAUUCCUACAAUGGCCAGUUCGACAACGUAUCUCCAUUUUCGAAUUCAGCCGGUGACUACGGAACCGGAAAACCAAUCGUUGUCGGAGAAUUCUGGGAACAAGAUGGCGGCGGCAUGAAUAUCAAUCAGCUGUUUGAUUACGUGUACAACCACGGGUACGCCGGGGCCUGGAGCUGGGACCUGGUGGGUCACGGGGACAACCAGAGGGGCGGCAUUAGCCACAUCCGUGGCUACAACAACAACGGCGCCAUCUCCAUUAACGUCUAGCGCUGGCUCUAUGAUCAAUGUCGGUGGCUUUCAGUAAUUAAUAAAAGGAAUAUUUAUUUUUCAAAAAUAA